AUGGUGUUGGAGAUGCUACAUGGAUUGAACCUUAUCCAGCCUUUCGUAUAUCAAGAGGAUGAUAUUGAGAAACCUAACUUUUUAUUUUACUCUGAUAUUUCUGAGAAGAUGAAAACAUUGGCUCAAAGGUUUGAAAAAAGUGAUAGAGAUAUAAUCGAUUUGAGUAACGGCAACGAAGAAGUUACUGUAGCAGUCAAAUUGGACUUGCUAAUUCUGAGGAAUAGGAAUUUGAAGACUUCAGAUUUGAUCAGAGAUAAUUUGGUCUACAUGGCCAAAUGCGAUAAGCUGAAGGACGAGCUUCCGGGUGAAAUGCAAAACCGAUCUUCAUGCACAAUAAACAAUGCAAAAAUAUUCCAGUACAGGCCUAUAAGUGGUGAAGUUUUUGUAGUCAAUUUAGCAUUGAAGAUCUUGGAUUUUGUUGUAUACCGAGAUCUGGAUGAGAUCCAUAUUGACUUUUUAAAAGAUGAAAAUUAUGGAAUAUUGGUGUUGUCUGACGAACAAAUGAUUGAACAAAUAGCGCUAUAUAUGAAGCGACAAUUCAAAACUAGUUUGAAAUCGUUUUCGGCGCAGCGAGAUCCCUAUGGUCAUCCAUGCGACCCUCAUAAGAGAGGCGUACUAAUACUUGAAAGGGUUCCUGUCAUACCUGAAGAAAAGUUCGAAGAAUCUUUCAUUCGAGAAAAUGAUACUACUAUUAAUGACAAAUCAAUCAUGUACGACGAAGGUGAUGAAUAUAAUUCUUUAGAAGAUUUAUUAUUAUUGAAAUCUAAUGAUACUUCAAAAUCUACCGAAGACGAAGAGGAAGAGACAAAUUUUGAAAGCAUACUUAAAAGUAACAAUAAACCCAAGAAGAAACAAUGCGCUUAUGGUGCUGGCAUAAAAGACAACGGAUUUAUCAAGGACAUAAACAACAUGAGACAUAAUGAAACGAUCGUUGAUAUCGACGAAAUUGAUACGACUGAUGACGAGAAAAUGGAUAACGAUGACAACAAUAUACUUCUCAGUGAUGCUAUGGAAUGCGAACAGAUAGAACAGUUCCAAUAUACAUCUGAGAGCCUCUCUAUUCCAGUGGACCUUCUCUCAGACUUUGAUCAAGGUAUAGAAUCUCCAAUAAUUAACAAACAAAUAUCAACAUCAUCUUCGUUUGCGUCUCCAUCCAAACGAAGAUCAAUCUCGACGAAGACAUCAGUCGCAUCGUUUUCCAUGAUUGAUAAAGGUGAAUAUAAAGAUUUAGACUAUGCAUUUAGAGAUAAGUCUUCAUCGGUUCCCAAUUAUAUAAAGGAGGACAAAAAAUUCAAAUUCAUCAAGGUCGGCAAAGUACAAAAGUUUGUCAGUUUAUUUGAGGAACACCUGACGCAACCUCUGGGCGAGUCAUCACCAGCUGGACCAGCAAGUCGCCUGCGAAGUAAUAGUGUAAGUAGACAAAACUAG